AUGUCAGCACCCCCCGCUCCUCUCGCCCGCACCUCGUCCCACCUCCGUCUGCGCGAAUGUCGCCCCAUGGCUAACCCCACUCCCCCCGACAUGCCUCUCUCCGCCCCGGGCAAGCGCCGUCCAUCGCUCACCUCCCCGCCGCUGCCCGCCUCUGACCUCACGCUCAAGCCGCCGCCGUACACAACGGCCGCCCCGCUCCCCGUGUCGCGUCGCCGCCGCCUCAUCCUCUACUCGGUCGCCUUUGCCACCAUGCUCGCCAUGAGCUCCGUCCUGGACGUCCGCCGCGCCGCCCUCAAGCACCGCCACUCCAAGGUCCAGCUCUCGCUCCCGUCGGCCUCCUCGCUCUCGUCGCUCCCCAACGUCGACGACCACCAGGAGUCCCCCGUCUCCGCGGCCGACCUCCACCCCAACGAGAAAAACCCGUCCGUCUCUUUGCGCCCGGGCGACCCGUACCUGCCCGACGCCGACACCCACACCGCCAACCUCUCCGCCCCGACCGUGGCCAAGGGGCAGGUCGCCGCAGACCCCGACCAGCCCCCCGUCGUCAAGGGCGACCCCGUCCUGUCCGAGCAGGAGCUCAAGGACGAUGUCGACCAGCUCAUCGCCCACGUCGCUCAGGAGGAGGAGAACGGCGCAGCGAACGCGACCACCCCGACCUCCCCGCUCCCGGACCCGCCCGCCGACCCCGCUACCGAGAACAAGCCGGACCCCGCCGUCCCCGUGCCGAAACCCGUCCAGACCAUCGCGAACACCUUUCUAGGCCUUGCCGCGGACCCGCCCCCCGCCGCCGCCACCCCGGAUGGCAGCGCCCAGCCCAACACCACCGCUGACGGCACCGAGGUGCGCCUCAAUUCGGAGGAAAGCUUCUCGUCGUCGCAAAAGCGCUUGCAGGUCUUGCUGGCCGACGAUUCGGUCAAGCGCUUCGUCGACGAGAACGACCUGCGCACCUUGGAGGCCCUGGCCCUGCAGGCUACACGCGGCGAUUGUGAGCAACGCAGUGGGUCGGAGGGCGGCUCCUUGUUUAAGACCGAUGCGGAGGCCGCCUCCAAUGUCGAUAUUGAACGCCACGAUCCGCUGUGGGGCGCCUGGUGUCUGUUCAUGGGAUCGUACAAGACAGAUGCCAUGCGCGAUUAUGUCACCAAGCAGCGAGUCAUCGAAGAGAAAAUCCUCACGGCUAAGGGCAGUGCCGACGCUAAUGUCACGGCCGUCGCCUCGGCCUUCGAUCCGCAUGCCGCUACUUUGGACGACGUCAUGACGCCUGAGCAGCAGUCAGCCAUGAGGGAGAAGAUGGAUACCAUUGCCGCACAUCUGCGAGAGUACGAUGUAAGGUAUCUAGCCGCCCUAGCGUUGCAGGCGACGUUUGGGGACUGCGGGCCGUACGGCAGUGAGGCUGUGGCUGCUGCGAAAGAGCCGGAGAGCACAGUUGAGCUGAGGAAGCUCGCUGAGCCCUUGCUGGAUCAAAUUGUUGUGCGACGGCAAGGGGCACAGUGGGGAGCAUGGUGCGUGCUGCAAGGGAAGAAGCGCACGUUGGCGGCGUCUGAGCUGUCACAGAGAGUAGAUUUGCUCGUGAAUCAGCUCUCAAAGUCGCAGGCAGCCAUUCAAUCAGGGCUUCCGGACGGGUUGCCAGGGCAGAGUGAGGCGGCGCCGGCGUCCGUCAAGACGGUGGAUGCGGCGGCGACGAGCAAGGAACUUGUGGCCUCAUAGUUGGCACAAUUUGUUUGUUUGGUUACUCUUCUUGUUCUGUAAUCCUGUUGAGGAUUGACGAGAAUGGAAAGAAGUUUUUGUGUAUAUAUUAAGUACGCGUCUGCAGCAGAGAUGGUACAGCUAGGUUUCUAGGCUCUGACCACCUCGUUGCAGGCAUUGAUAACGACGUGUGCGAGAUUUCGAAGACGCGACACAUGCCUCAUCAAUGCAAGCACACGGCAACAUAUAGGUAUUGUGAAUCAUACCGCUGCAAAGUCAGGGACAAGGUUCGGUUACGCAUGCAAUGGAGACGAGAGACGCGAUUCGCACCAGUUAUCUCGAAGCGCAAGAACGGACAGACUUUUGUCCACAUCCCUGACGCUUUUGGAGAUCUACUAGACUGCAGCACUUCUUUGCUGUCGUAAUCGUGCUCGAAGCCUUGUCCGUCAAAAGAGUGGAAGGGCAAAUUGGCGAUCACUGUACUGUAUACUUGCCGUAACUCCUUUGUUUGGAGGGUACCGUUUUUACAUCCAGCUAGUCUCUGAAUCAUAGCUACACUACGAAGGACCAUGCUCGGGACAAUGGGGUCCCCAGAAGAGCCUGUAGAGGAGCCUGUAGAAGGACCGUGUUUAGUGGAAUUGUAGAGGACAACCUUGAGAAAAGAUUCAGAUGCUUGCAGGUAGGUGCUGGAGCUUGCCACGUUGUCAUAGGUACCUUAACACUGGCCUCUGGAGUCUCAUCGGGAGGAUUUGCAAACUAAAGUUAUCAAUAGA